UGCCUUUCUGAGAAUUUGACAUCAUCUUUAGGUGAAAUUUCUGUCUCUAAUAGUACUCCACCAAUUAUACAAUGUCCAAAUGAUCCCAACAGCAUUCCACCCAUACCUGAAGAGAUCCAAUUUGAUAGCGUGAAUGAAGCCCCUUUACAAGUGGCAUCCUCAAGGUCAAAUGUAUUAAAUGAAGACACAAGUGUUGAUGAACCCAAUCUGCAGCCUAUAUUAUCAGCCGGAUCUUCCACGAACAAAGACACGUGCAAUAGACGUAUUCCAGAUAAAGCGCUGUCUAAAAUUUUUCAAAACGCUGCUCUUUUUCAUUCAUAUCCACUAGAAUCCAAUGACGAUAGCAAUGAAAAUCAAACGAAAGGUGGCGGUGGCUUAUUUGAUUGCUGGCCAACCGGUAACGACGACAGGCAACUAGAAUUACUUGAACAAACAUCAGUCAUUAGUCUCGAUCCUCUUGGAAUGUGUGGGCCCUCAGGUCCAUCUUCUUUAUUGGGCAUCACCGGUGGGGCUGCAUCAAAUAGUAGUCACGCGCCACACUCGGUCGGCAUACUGAUCGAUGAUCCCCUUUCAAUACCUCGAAGUCCCUUAUCCGUGCCUUCAAAUUGUUCUUAUCCAGCAACUCCUGGUCAGCAGGUUUCGGUAGUGUCUUGCCUGUCCAGCAUCAUAACUUCCCCUCUUGCAUCCUCCAACAAGCUUCCUGGACAAAAUAGUUCUCUUGGUCCUUCUCCCGGUACCGCUGGGGCCCGUCUUUUCGACUCUGACGACAUAAUAACUCCUGAUGAUCAGAAUAGAGUUGCUCCUAGAGGAUUAGCUGCCUAUUUGCCCAGGACUAAUUCGAAAACGCAUGCAAAUGUUGCCUCACCUCCAGAACAUAACGCAACUGCUGACUCUGAAGGCCACUUACACAAGUCUCCGGAUCAGCCAUUUCCCCUUUGUACUGAUCUAUGCAGCCUAAGUUCUCUCGGACUUUCAGGAAAAGUAGCAAAGGUUGGUCUUGCUGUCUCAUCCACUUCACCUGAUGGAAAGUUUACUAAAACUCGAUGGCUCGGGGGCAAGCCCAAAGGUGGAGGUCGUCGAAGGCGAAGCGAGUUAGAAGAUUUAAUGAAUUGGCAAGUUCGAGAUCCCUCUUCGAAGCCACAAGCAUUAGCUGCUGCUUUGACUGUUGAAAGUUCAUUCAUUACUGAAAAGCCCCUUGUACUAGAAAACAAAGAAUGUAUUAAUCAAAUCGCAAUUAAGGAGGACAUCAUUUCUCCCCAUCCUUUGCCUUCAGAACACCUGAAUCUUAAUGAUUUGCUUGGGGGAAAUCAUGGAGGCUUUACGGAAGCUCUUGGAGAACGAGUCAAACGACGGCGUCAGCAGAAAACAACAUGUCCUUCUAUUGAUUCACUUGAGCGAAAAGACCGGGAAUUUUCAAUGACUGAAGGAUGUCGGAAAUCACAAAAGCUGAAUCGUCAGAGAGGUCGUGGCCGUCCCCGUAAAGAUUUUAAGUCGGAACUAAAAAAUCGUCUCAUGAGCGAACUGGAUUCAGCUUCUCCAGGGUUCUCUGGGCACGAUAAAACAUUUGGAAAAGACAAAGAAACUCACUCAAUGAGUCAUUCUAUUAUUGAAUCCGAUGCUUUUCCUGUGUCCGAUAGCUUAGCCUCUUUCGCUUCGGAAUCAGGCCCCAGGAGCUGUUCUUCUUUUCACAUGGGCCUACAAAGAAAUAGGAAACGGCGCCAUCGUAAGCGUGUCGCCUCGCCUGCCUCAUCAGCUUCAUCUCUUUCCUCUCUUGUUUCAGACCAGACUGACUCCCCUUGCUAUAACGACUCAUGUGGCUCAUUAAGCCUCAGUCAGCGCUCAGGAAAAGUGUUAUCACGAGGCCGUAAAUGGAUGAAAAAGGUGGUUGUCGGAGAAGCCAGGGUUUGUGAGAUUGCUGCGCCAGAUUCGACGACUAGCUCUUCAUCUGAGGAAGCUGUCUCGGCGAAGCAUACACACUCUUGUUCAUUUCGAAAGUCCAUAUAUUCAAAUAAUAUGGAAAAAAGUAAAAGCACUCUUAAAGUCUGCCAUCAGAAUAAUCAUGACUGUAAAUUGGGGCUCGAUGUUCUGCCUUUUGAUCAGGCGCGAAAAAAUCAACGUCCGGCAUCUGAUAUGGUCUCAUCAACCUCUAUCUUUUCGUCAGAUGAGGGCCCUAUUAAAAGACCAAACAUGAGUAAAGCAGGAAAAGUCAAACAGACACGACCUUCUAAGGAAGAGGAUUCUAAUGACAGAAUUAAACAAGCGAGUCCCUUACAUGAUGGCGACAAUGUUUAUCAUAUUUCUGAACACGACAGUCUAGGAGUUAAUUACUCAAUUUCUCUGGAUACAUCAAUCCCCCUUCGAUUUGGAUACCAAUCACGCCCACCUAGGCUUAAGGAAAUCCGCGUACGUUCUUUUAACUAUUUUUGCCCAGACUGGCAAAUUGCCAGUUUAUAUUAA